AUGCGCACGAUGGCUCGUGUUUUCUUGUGUGCCACGGCACUGCUUGCGUCUUUCUGCUUCGCUGUGCCUCGCCCAGAGCAUCCACGAUUCCGGGUGACUCCGCUGCGACAUUGGAGACCAGAGGGGCAAUACAAACAGAAAGCACCACCAACGGCAUCUGCUCUCUGCUUGAGUUUGAUCUUGGUCACUGGAGUCUUCACGCGUGCACGGCAAACGUGGAACAACCGUCGUGUGCCACCACCAAAAUGCGGGCUCAGAAGCACAGAAAAUGACAGCAUGCUGCUGAUGGCUGAAGCUCGACGGCUCCGAGCCGAAGUGGCAGGGUUAGAGACGGAACAGUUGAGAGCAAAAGAGCAGAUAAUGGCUUGCGGCGGGGUGGAGCUUGUGAAAUGUUCGCUGGUCCGACGCCGGCCAGAUUUCCCUCAGCCGGUGGCUGUGCCGACAUUGAAGACACCCACUACACAUGUGAACCCAGGAAUCGAGGCACACUGGGAGACCGAACCUCCAACGGCCCACGUGGAGCCCAUGGAAGGCUUUGAAAACGAGAUUCCUGUCAUGGACCAUUCCGUGCGGCUGCUGGCAACGCUGCCAUACUUGCUACCAGCCAUUGAUGCCUGGCGCUUCUUUGGUGUUGGCGUCGCGUCAGAAGCCUGGCCAGCGCUGUUUUUGGAGUGGACAUCGUUGGCAACAGAGGUCCCGCAGGACCUCCACUACGUCCUUGCCGCGCUGUAUCCCGUAGUACUGUUUGCCAUGCCCUUGAUCGCAGUGCGACGAUGCUUGCCACAACUUCUGCGACUUAACCUCAACCAGGCUUUCCUGUUCAGUGGGAUCCUGGGCCUGGCUUUUCACCUCUCCUCUUUCUGCCGAUGGUUGGGAUGCCUCUGUGCCGAUGACGCAGUGUACGUGCCAGCUGCUGCAGAGCCUCCUUUGCUGCCCUGUAGUCACGUGCUGCUGCCCUUAAUGGUGGCUUGCAUCGUCUACAGCAUCUACUGCACGCUUUGCAGAGGCUCUUCGCCCGACAGGAUCCCAUACAUCUCUGCUGAAGCUCGAAGAAGCUUGGGGACCAGCCCGGCUGUUUUGAGGAGCAAGUCGUGCUCCAGCUUCUUGGAGCGCAAGGCACGAAGCCACAAGAUCCUUCCGGGAGACCGCCGAGACGACGUGGAGUAG